CGGCUGCAUCCGGAUGGCGUCAGUUUCCCCGAGCUUCCGCGUCGCGAUGGGCCUUUGGGAGGAUGUGCGGGCGCCAGUGACGCUGGCCAUUGCGGCCUUGAUCCCUCUUCUGUGGCUCCUCGGCGCGCUGCUGACGCCAACCAACCAGCACGGUGUCUUUGCGCUCUCGAUCGCGAGCGUCAUCUUAGAGCACAUUCGCCCAUGGGCCUACUUGACGGCGCCCUUUUACCACCAGUAUCUGUGGGAGGUCGUGUGCAUCGUGCCUCUGACGGUCCUCUUGGGCGUCCGCGUCGAGAAGCACUUGGGGUCGCUUGCGAUGGCGCGCCUCAUGCUCUUCGUCGGCGUCGUCUCGACCGGCCUCCUCUUUUGCGAUAUGUUUGCGCUGUACAUUGUCUUCCGCAACCCGUUCUUCCUACGCACCGGGGUCUCUGGCUUCACGGGCGGCCUCGUCGCGCUCCUCGUCGCGCUCGCGCAUGAGAACCCAAACCAAACGCUCUACAUCCCCAAGCUCGCAGUCAAGCAUUACCCGCUGUUUGUGAGCCUUGUUUGCAUGACAUUGACGCUGGGUGCGGUCGUGACCAAGAGCGAGGUGCUCAUCGUUGGCGCCGGACCGUACGCCGUCUCGGGCUUGUACUUUGGCUGGGUCUACCUCCGCUUUCUCCACAAAAAUCAAGACGGCUCGGUGGGCAACACGUCGGACGCCUUUGCGCUCACAGUGCUCUUCCCGUCCUUCCUCAAGUCGACUGUCGGCGCCAUUGCGACCUUUUCCUACAGCGUCUGCAAGCUCAUGGGGUUCUUCAAGCACCGCCAUGACAGUGCGAGCAGCCUGCCGGUCGUUGCGCCAACGACAGACCCGAUCACUGAGCGCCGAAAAGCCCGUGCGAUGAAGGCACUGGACGAGAAGCUCGCCAAGCUCGCCAACCCGGACGCCAAGCUCAACUUUGACGAGCAGAUGACCGUGUAACCCUCGCCUCAAUCGACAUUGCGUCCAUCUCUA